GAAUCCUGAGCUCCUUGGCUCAGCUUAGCAGUGCUGGUGGCUAUGGAGUGACCAGUACAGGUGGUGUUCCAGGUGCACAGCAGGAGGCUGGAGCUGGCUGCCCAAGCCCCGAUGCUCCCUGUCCUCGUGCUCUUUGCAGCUCCUGUGCCUCAGAUCUGCCAUGAAUGAUGCAUCGACGAUGGAUUAUGAACUGCUGUCCCCGUCCUUGGUUGAGCACCCAGCCAGCACUGCAGGCAUGGAUGCCGAGCAGAAAACCGUCUUUGCCUUUGUCAUCUUCCUCCUCGUCUUCUUGGUGAUGCUGAUGGUGCGCUGCUUUCGCAUCCUGCUGGACCCCUACAGCCGCAUGCCUGCCUCCUCCUGGACUGACCACAAGGAGGGGUUGGAGAGGGGCCAGUUUGACUACGCCUUGGUGUAGAAGGCAGGGAUGGGGCGAGCCUGGGUGCUCCGAGUGCCUCCCACCCCAGCUGGCCCCGGCCCCGGCCCCCCCUUCCUCUGUGGUGUUGCCCCGGGCCAGCAGGGAUGCCGUGGGCAGGGAGGCGAGGUCGGGCUCUUGUCUGGGGUGGGUUUUCUAGGGAUUUCUCUCUUUUCUAAGCACUUUUCAGUUCUCUUCGCAACCUGCAGCACUCUCGGCAGGACGCAUCAGAGGGGUGAUGCGACUCCCCACGGGUCUCGCUGCCCACCGUGCCCCGGGGCAGUGCUGCGUGCCGCAGAGAGGGGCAGGAGGCGGCAGGGCAGGGCAUGGCAGGACCUGCCCUCGGCCACGGCCCCUACGGCUCCUGGUUUGGGCAGCUCUGCCCUGCACCAGGCCGGGUGUUGGACCCCCACCUCCUCCUGCCUCCCGCGUCACCUCUGUCUGUGUCCUCUGGGGAGUGCUGACCGUGGCCCAGUGUGUGUGUGUGUGUGUUUCCCUGUAGCUGAGCUUUGUUUGUGAGGGGGUUUAUAGGCACCUGACCCAAGUGUUGGCUUUGUUCCUCUCUGUGUGGCAGCCUCAAAGUGCCCCCCCACGAGUAAGGGGGAGAUGGAAACCCCAUGUGCAGCGCCCUUCUGCCCUCCAGCCCUGCAGCCCACUCUGUGCUUUACACCACCAUGACCGCUCCCUGCCAAACUGGUGGAAAUGGUCUGAGCAAGGUGCAGUCAUGCAGCCACUUGCAAACCUGCCUGGCAGCCCCGCGGGGAUCCCUGCAGGGAUCUAAAAUCCCCACGCAGCACUUGGGAGGUGGCUCUCAUCCGGCCCAGGCCUGGCAGUACCCAGCAGUGCCUCGCUCUGCAUAUCGCUGCUCCAGCAGGACCUGGGCAGCCUGAGCGUGCUCCUGCAUCUGCCUAGCAGAAGGGCUGUGUAAGUGAGGGGAACUAUGGCUGUCCCCAUAGCGGGGGAACCUGACUGUGGGAACCGUGCCUCUUAAGCAGGGGUGCUGCAGCUGGCCACAGGGCUGGCUAGCAAAAGCUGUGGUGGGGUAUGGCUGUGGGCUGGCAAGUUGUGUGCUAUGGGAUCUGAACCCGUGGGGGAGAACUUCCUCCUGCUCCACGGAAAUAAAGCUGCACUGU